AUGCACCCCCGUACCGCGGAAUCACUCCGCCUCCCACUUAUCGAUCUCCCUACGCCCCGUACCGUUACUAUGCUCAAUGGGUCGAGCCCCCAGGCAGGCAAAAUCUGGAAGAAGGCCAAUCUAACCUUCUCCUUUGAUGGCAAGAAAAUGACCGAGACCUUCCUCAUCUGCAAUACAGGGUCUCACGCCGCCAUCUUGGGAUUAAAGUGGCUAGACGCCCACAACCCAGAAAUUGAUUGGAACCAACGCACCCUUUCCUUCCCCCAUGCUCCACCGGAACACGUGGCCAUUGCCGAAGAGGAGGAAGCCAACAAGAAUCCCCUUGAAGGAGUACCCCCUGAAUACCACCAGUACGCCAAGGUAUUUGGGGAAGAAGAAUUCAACAAGCUUCCCCCGCACAGGCAUUACGACAUUGCCAUCGAACUCACAGAGGAAGGCCCACUCAAUUCCCCGUUGUACAGCAUGACCGAUGCCGAGUCCACCACGCUCAAGGACUGGCUUAGGGACGAACUCAAGGCUGGAAAGAUCCGCCCCAGUAAAUCGUCAAUUAGUUCCCCAGUCAUGUUUGUUCCUAAAAAGGAUGGUUCCCGUCGCCUUGUAGUCGACUACCGUCGCCUCAAUAACCGGACUAAGAAAAAUGUGUAUCCAUUACCCCGUCCUGAUGACCUCAUGGCCCAGCUCCGCGGCGCCAAGGUAUUUACCAAACUGGACUUACGAUGGGGUUAUAACAAUGUCCGGGUCAAGGAAGGUGACGAGUGGAAGACGGCUUUCCGCACCAAGUAUGGCCUAUACGAAUCCCUGGUAAUGACUUUUGGUUUAACGAACGCCCCCGCUGCUUUCCAACACUUCAUGAACGAAUUGUUCAAAGACCUAUUGGAUGUAUGCGUCAUCAUAUACCUAGAUGAUAUCCUGAUCUACUCCAAGGAUGACGCAUCCCAUACUCAGCACGUCCAUGAAGUUUUGCGGCGCCUAUUAGAAAACCAACUGUUCUGUAAAGCCUCAAAGUGUACUUUCCACGUAACCUCCGUGGAAUACCUGGGAAUCAUUGUGUCGGAUAAGGGUUUCAGUCUGGACAAGCUCAAAAUCCAGGCAGUACAGGAAUGGCCUACCCCUACCAAGGUUAAAGAGGUCCAAUCCUUCCUUGGGUUCGCUAAUUUCCUCCGCCGAUUCGUUGCAAACUUCAGCCACGUAGCACGACCCUUGCAUAACCUGGUUAAGAAAGACACACCGUGGAGAUGGGAAGAAAAGGAACAAGCCGCCUUCCAAGGGCUGAAAGAUGCCAUUACCAACGCCCCGGUACUUUGCCACGCAGACCCCACCAAACCUUACUUCCUGGAAACAGACGCAUCCGGCGCAGCCUUAGGAUCCAUACUUAGUCAACGUCAAGAAGAUGGCCGGUUGCACCCACUGGGUUUCCUAUCAGAAUCAUUCAAAGGUGCCGAACAAAACUAUGACACCCAUGAUAAGGAACUCUUGGCAAUCAUCAGAUCAUUUGAAUACUGGCGUAUCUUCCUAGAAGGAACCCUGCAACCCAUCACCGUCUUCACUGAUCACCGGAACUUGGAAUAUUGGAAGGAGUCCCGCACUUUCAAUCGCCGCCAUGCCCGUUGGCACCUCUUACUGGCUGGUUACAAUUUCCAGAUAGUUUAUCGCCCAGGGAAGCAGUCAGGAAAACCGGAUGCCCUCUCACGCCGCUUGGAUCAUGCCGAUAUUCCCCCUGCCAACCAAACAAUGCUCCCAGAUCCCAUAUUCGCCAAUGUCGCCUUAGUAACGCCCAAGAAAGAACUGCAACGCCAGAUUGAGGCGUCCCUAGACCAGGACGAAUCCUUGGAAGAAAUCUUGCAGUUCCUUCAAAAUGAAUCCAAAGCACCGCCCUCCAUUAAACGCGCAUUCAAGGACUAUGAAAUGGAGGCAGGACUGUUAUUCUACCAGGGACGAAUUGUAGUACCCAAUGUAGGGACCCUAAGAACGGACUUACUUUGGAUCUUCCACAAUAGCCCGUUGGCCGGACACCCAGGAAGGCAGCGAACCCUAGAAUUGGUAUCCAGGAAUUACUAUUGGCCUGGUAUCCGUGCUGACACGUACUGGCACGUCAAUUCAUGCAAAACCUGCCAACGGAUCCGAAAACCGAAAUACGCGUCCAUUCCACCUCAACCCCUAGAACUUCCAUCACGACCCUGGCAACACGUGUCAUACAAUAUGAUAGUAGACCUACCCAAGGACGGGAACAACGACUCAAUACUAGUCAUUGUGGAUAGCUUCACUAAGUAUGUCAUCUUGGUGGAAUGUUCCAAAAAGCUCAAAGCCCCGGAACUAGCGGAUCUCUUUUUGCGCCACGUAUGGAAACGUUACGGCAUGCCUGAGAAAACGGUGUCAGACCGAGGACAAGUAUUCAAUAACAAGUUCCUGAAGGCCCUGUACCAACGACUAGGGAUAGACCCCCACUUCUCCUCGGCCUAUCACCCUCAAAGCGACGGACAGACAGAGCGCGUAAACCCCACGGUCGAGCACUUCUUAAGGGCCUACUCAGGGAUGAACCAAAGGGAUUGGGUCAAAUGGUUACCAAUGGCGGAGUUUGCCUACAACAACGCGGUACACAGUUCAACAGGCAAAUCUCCAUUUAAGGCCCUAUACGGAUGGGAACCCUCAUUAACCCCAAGUAACGUCCCAACAGACGUCCCUGAGGCAGACGACUUGGCAAUGCAAAUGGAGGCACAAUGGCGGGAAAUCAAGGCUGCACUCCGGCAAUCCAAGACACGCAUGGUAGCCGGAGAAACAGGAGAACCACUUGAGUUUGAAAUCGGAGAAGAGGCCUGGCUAGAUGCCAAAAAUGUAAAGCUGAAGACCCUGAGUCCCAAGCUAACCAAACAAUGCCUGGGCCCCUUCAAAGUAACUGAGAAAAUCUCCAAUCGAGCAUACCGCCUAGAGCUCCCGCCCACAAUGAGGAUCCACAAUGUAUUCUACGUAGGGCUUUUGUCAAAGGUGAAGAGGGAUGAAAAGCGCAACUUUGAGAACCGGCCCCCACCUGUCACAGUGGAUGGAGAGGAGGAAUACGAGGUCAAAGGCAUCACGGACAUGGAAGAAAGGAACGGAAAAUGGUUUUUUAGGGUUAAAUGGAAAGGCUACGGAUCAGAGGAGAAUACCUGGGAACCAAGGGAAAACCUCAAGAACGCCGAAAAAAUCCUGAAAAAAUUCGAAAAAGAAAUGAAGGAAAAGGCCCUUGGCGCUGCCAAGGCCCUUAGAGGGGGGGCAGUGUCGUAG